UAUUAUUACUUUUAGUUGCAAACCGAACAGACAAAAUUUAUAUGUAAUUUAUGAAAGUAUCGACAAAACAGAUUUUAUGCACGUCUUAAUUAGUCAACACGAUUUUUAGUGAUUUUCUAUUUGUGGGAUUUCUAUACUGCGAGAUUCGAAAUGCGCAAAGAGCAAAAGGAAGUCUUUCCAUACACUGAAGGCCUUACUCCAUACAAUGUAAUGCGAAUGCAGAAUGUCAAGACCUACAAAUAUCGCAAAGAUGAAAUGUAUCCGAGCAUCAGGCCACCAGUUUCGCAAUGCGGUGCAGUAGAAACUGCGGAAUGGCUGGCGGAUGCCAUGGAAGUGAGUGGCCUGGAGCGUCCGCUAUGGAAUCACAAUCAACCAGAAUGCCUCAAGGGUGAAAGCUUUAUUCAAGAACCGUCGAAAUCCAAUGAGAAGCGAUUCAAUUUGUGCAAAGCUCCCAGAUCGUCCAGAAGAGAGAUGAAACUCACAGCUGCGCAAAGGCAAUUGGACUGGAAUAAACUCACGCCCACAGACUUGAUGCGAAUGCAGAACUGCCGGACAUUCGACUAUCAUCCCUGUGAAAGGUAUCCCACCAUAAGGCCACCAAUAUCCGAGUGUAGUCCACUGCAGACUGCCGAGUGGCUGUCGGAUGCAGUAGAGGCGAGUGGCUGCAAUCGACUGUUUGAUAUGCAGACCGAUGAUAUCGUUGAGGUUUGGAAACGUAGUCCAGGAAAAGAAACACUUGGCUUUUACGGCGUGGGAGCUGGCAUACAAAAGCCUGAGGCUAUAGAGUUCAAUCAAGUGAUUUCCAAGUGCCUCAAUAAAGUCAGCAAUGUAAAACCAAUGGCACCUUUACCGAAAAAGCCAGUCUGCCAAGAGCCACAGAUACAGCUGAAGCUGCCGACGAAAGCUCGCGGACCAUUUAUAUUAAAUCGUCCACUGUUGACAUCGAAGAUCACCAGGAUGCCGACUGUGCAGAAAAAGUUGUAUGCUAGCAAUGCCUACACCUGGCUUCACUGUCCCCGUCCACCGCCAACACAGCAACCCUUUGCUGCUGAUUCGCCUGGAGUCGCCAUGAGAGCUGCUCUCGAUAUGGAAAAACCAGCGAAAAAGCCAAAGCGUGGAUUGCGUCGAAAGCAUCCGUAUUGUGAGCUGCAAUGUGGCAUUGUUGAAAGCAAAUGCACGGAAUACGAAUGGAGGAAAUACAAAGAGGAUCCGGUGGCAUAUGAAGAGGCCUUCAAGCGAGAGAUGGCAGAGAUGCGGCCAGAAAUUGAUCCCGAGCCGCAGAACUACGAUGAGUUGUAUGCACAAUUGGUGUCGUGCUUUGAGAAGUCGCCUUACCGGGAUCCACUUAAGAAGGCAUACAUAAAGUGCUGCGAUGCGAAUGCAUUUGCCGAUGAUGAUGCUGGCUUCGGUGGAGGUGCAGGCGGUGGAGGUGCAGGCGGUGGAGGAGCAGGCGGUGAAAGUGGCAAAGGUAAAGGGAAAGAUAAAGGAAAAGGAAAAGGAAAAGGCAAAGGUGAACACGAUGAAGACUCAUGGGAUUCAGAUGAAGGCAAAGAUGUAGGUGGAUUCGGUAUAGAGGGCUACGGAGAGGACGAUGGUGAUGGUACGGGAGUAGGUGGUAAGGGUGGUAAGGGUGAUAAAGAUGGUCAAGGCGGUGGUAAAGGAUAUGGCAAAGGAGAUGGCAAAGGAGAUGGCAAAGGAGAUGGCAAAGGAGAUGGCAAAGGCGAUGGGAAAGGCGAUGGGAAAGGCGAUGGAAAGGGAGAUGGCAAAGGUGAUGGUGCAGGCGGCGGAAAAGAAGAUGGCAAAGGAGGUGGUAAAGGUAAAGGAGAUAAGGACAAGGACAAAGGUAAAGGCAAAGGAGAUGGUGGCAAAGGCGAUGGUGGCAAAGGCGGUGGAAAAAAACCAGGAGGAGGCGGAAAAAAGCCCAACACCGGUGGAAAAAAGCCUGGUGAUUCAACUUCUCAAACUGAACUGCCUCACGAAGGUAGUUCUUACACAAAUCCUUCUAAUAUAUCCAAGAAGUCCUCCAAAGUAUCAAAUGGUUCACAUAAAAAGAAACCAAAACCACAAAAAGCCAAGCCUCCAAAAUAUUCUAAGCCUGUCAUGGUAACUGAGACCGAGAUCUCAAAAGAUUGCCCUUGCGAAGUGUGUCAGUUUAUGAAACGGCGCCAGAAAGAGCCAGAUUCUCCGCUGAUUCGCCAGUUAAAGCGUGAGGAGAAAAGACGGGAGCAACGUGAUUAUUUAAAGCGCAUGUGUCAUCGCCAAUACAUCAAAUUGAAAUAUCCAGAUUAUCCAGCUCCUGCCCAUAGAUGCGAUGCUAUUGAAUUUGACAACUGCUUCUGCAGCAAUCCAAAGAUUGGUGAAUAUUGUGAUUGUCUAAAUGCCAUGCAGGAACUGCAGAAAUUGUUGGGUCCCAAGCAUUGUAUUGUGAACAAUGAACUUUUGUUUAAUGUGACGGAUCUCAAGGAUCGCAUCUGUCGUCGUCUAUGUGAGUGUCUUUAGUUGAAGAAAGGACUAAGACAAUGGCAAUCUUAAUUAUGUUUUUUAUAAUUUUCGAACUUUUUAUGCGCAAUAUAACGAACUUCACAGGGUAA